AAAUGGCGCAGUGCGAGCAGAGAGUUUGCAAAACGCAGUUUGUUGUUGUGAGAGAAUCCAAUAAACUAUGGGAUUAUUUUAGUUUACGGUUUAUAUGAAUUCAAAAACGAAAUCCACUCGGAAAGCAGCGGUUUGAAAACUAGUCGGGCCCAGUGAAGACCACACACAAUAGUUAUUAUUAUUAUUUAUUUUUAUUAUUAUUUUGAUUUUUUUUAACUGCGGUGCGGGAGUGCGUGGUGUGAUAUCAAAAGUUAUAAAGAAAAAAGGAAAGAAAGAAGUGAAUCAAAUAAUAGGGGCAAUGACAACGUCGACAAUUAAGCCAUCGGGCAGUGAGGAAGUGCCGCCGGCGGGGGUGGUAGGCGGCGUCGGCGAUGUGGGAGUGGCCGCCAGCCUGUCGAAACGCGAUUCUGAGGAGGAUACGUGGGCAUCCAAGGGGUACAACUACAUAAAUCCGUUCGUCCAUCGCAUCGAAAUCGAGAGUCACAUUGAGGUGGCCAAGGUCUAUGUUCUGACAGUGCUAUUGCUGCCCAUUCGCGUUGUGGGCUGCGUCCUCUCCCUGAUCUCCGCAUGGAUGUUCGCCUGCAUUGGACUCUAUGGCAUGACGCUGGAUGAUCUCAAGGAAAAACCCCUUACCGGUUGGCGGAAACAAAUGCAAUACAUGACGGCCUGUGGCAUGCGCAUGGUGUAUACCUUCGGAUCGUUUCACUAUGUGACCAUGAAGGGUCGAGCGGCUACAGCUAAGGAGGCACCGAUUCUAGUAGUGGCACCGCACUCCUCCUACGUGGACUCCAUCCUGGUCGUGGCCAGUGGCCCGCCCUCGAUAGUGGCCAAGCGGGAGACGGCGGAUAUUCCAUUGCUCGGACGCAUCAUAAACUAUGCCCAGCCCAUUUAUGUGCAGCGCGAGGAUCCCAACUCCCGUCAGAACACCAUUCGGGACAUUGUUGACCGUGCCCGGUCUACCGAAGACUGGCCACAGGUGGUCAUCUUCGCCGAGGGCACCUGUACCAAUCGCACGGCCCUGAUCAAGUUUAAGCCGGGCGCUUUCUAUCCAGGCGUGCCCGUCCAGCCGGUGCUUCUCAAGUAUCCGAAUAAGUAUGACACCUUCACAUGGACCUGGGAUGGACCUGGAGUAUUACGUCUUCUAUGGCUGACGAUGACGCAGUUUUAUAACCGCUGUGAAAUUGAAUAUCUGCCCGUCUACACGCCGUCGGCGGACGAAGUGGCCGAUGCCAAUCUGUAUGCCAACAAUGUGCGCGAGGUGAUGGCGAAGGCAUUGGGAGUACCAACCUCGGACUAUUCCUUUGAGGAUGUUAUCGUGAUGAGCCGUGCCCGCGACAUGAAGAUUCCCUUCCCUGGCGAUAUUGUGGAAAUCGAGCGAACCAUCGAGAAGUUGGGCCUGAUCGAGAGCCAGCGGGAUGCUGAGCUGUGCAGGGGCUUUCUCAGGCUGUCCAACACAGACAGGCUGGACAUCAGUACGUUUGCUGAACUGCUCCAGGUGGAUCUCAAGAACACCAAUCUGCACAAGCUGUUUGCCCUGCUCGAUCACCGGCGAAUGGGCUCCGUGAGUUUGAAAAGCUUCCUGCUGUGCUCCCUCUUCUGCAAAUUGAAGAAUUCCGAUCUUUUGACCUUCCUGCGUGCCCUGAUUAAUCUCUAUAGCGAAUCUAGUCAGGAAAUCGACAGGGAAAGCUUUGUGCGAUUAAUGAGACACGCUGGCGGCAAGAUAAACGAGCAGAAGGCUCAGGCGCUCUUCAAUGUGCUGGAUACAGACAACCUGGGCUAUAUCUCCUUCGAUUCCUUUGUGGAGCAUACGGAAAAGCAAAAAUCAAGCUAUAAAUUCCUUUAUCACAAAUCGGAACACAUACGGCGACCAAAGGCAGUCACCACGCCCGCCAACUGAAGAGGAAAUUCAUUCAGGCAAAUGGAUAGGAGGAGCUGGAGGACGAUGAUUAGUAAUCGAAAGAAAAAAAAACCCAACCUAAGGAGAAAGUUCAACUGUCGAGAGUGUAUAUUUUUAAUAUUUAUUUAUCGUGUAGCGCGUGUCCUGGCACCCAUAUAUUGUAAUUAAUAUAAUUUUUAUUAUUAUUACCAUAGUUUCUUGUGAACAAUGCUCACAGCACAGAGAUCCGGAUCUUUUAUGCGCCCAGCUUUGUUAUUAAUUUAAAUUCGGACUCUAAACGCAAGUCAUUUCAUCUUUGUGAUUCUUAUUAUACACACUUACGUUAUAUAUACACUUAAAUAUUAAAGCCUAUAUAUAAAGAAGUAUAUAUCUUAUGUAGAGGCAGGCAAAGCAACCAUCAAGCCCUUGAAUAUUUCCUAUAUAUUUCCAUGGCCAAAAAAUAUGAAAAACACAAAGAAUUGUAUGGCAAGCCUUAGGUGUAAGAUAUAAAAGCAACAGCAGACCUAGCCAAUGAAGCUCUCCUUGGAUCCCCACUCACUGACAACACCACCAAAAACCAAAACUGCGAUCGUAAUGGAUCAUAACCACCCAACUACUAACCAACCAAAACUGAACAACCACCAAGCACACACUUAAUGAUCAAAAUGGAUUUAUUUCUUAUCUAAAAUGUAGAAAGAUUAAAAACAAUGUCACAAAACCUUAAUCACUUAGGAAAGCUUUCUAAAACCAACUCAAACUCGUCUAAAUUAAUAAGGACUAAUUGUAAAACAUUUUAAUGAUUCAGAAACUUGAAAACUGAAUGGAUUGUACAUUACUAUAAACUUUAGUUCUGAUGAAUUUUAACAUUCUUGAAUUUAAGGAUCUCUGAUCUGUUGCAUAUUAACUUCAGAUCUAUAGUUCCUGAGAGCAAAUGUUAAGUCAUUUGGUUAUCGAACAUUUCUUGUGCAUUUUUAACCUACACUGCAAACUUAUCUAGACUUUACACCACAGCUCCUGGCACGGAGAGCAAGAAUCUAUGUAGAGCACAGCCUGUACUUAAGUCAAACACCUUUUGGGCACACCCCCAUUUCACACACAGUCUGUUCUAUAUAUAUAUAUGUUAUUGAAACACAACAACAACAACAACAACAUAACAUAACACACACCAAGAAGAAACACCUGUAAUUGUGUAAUUGUAAAGAAAAUCUGCAAUAGGAAAGAGGAUAACUCCUUGGUAGUUUUUACAUUUUGAGAAGAUAUAACCCUAAGCUAAACGAUCUAAUUUAUGUGCUAUUGUAAUAGAUAUUAUUAGCGCACUAAGCCAGCACCGAGAGCAAAUCCAAAUCGGCUGAGAAAUCUGCUCAAAAAAAAAAAAAUAUAUAUAUGUGUGUACGAUUUUAAAGCUAG